AUGUGGGAAGGUUAUCUGAAAGUUGUAGGCCAGUCUUGUCCUAAACUGAACACAUUGAAGUUAAACUGCUUUAGAAUUGGAUUCGAUCCUCCUUUUUACGUGAGUGACGAUGAUGCCCUAGCUAUUGCUGAGACAAUGCAUGGACUUCGCUUCCUCAAACUCUUUUCAAACGGUUUAACAGAUGCUGGUUUAAAAGCCAUUCUUGAUAAUUGUCCUGAUCUUGAACAUCUUGAUCUAAAUCAUUGUUUCAAUGUUAACUUUUCUGGAGAUCUGGAGAAGCGCUGUUCUGAGAGGAUCAAAGUUUUGGUACGACCUGGUAGUCCGAGAAUUUUUGAUUUUUCUAUAUUUGAGGACUCUGACACGCUAGAUAGUGAUCAUGACCUGUAA